CCCACUCUCAUUUCUCGGUUUCACUCUCUCUCUCUGACUAUCUCUCUCUCAUGGCGAAUCUCGCACGCUUCUCCAAGCGAGCCAUCGGAAACGUAUUCGCGCUAACAAGGCACCACGUGCUACCGCAGCCUCUGGUGGCGGCAGCGGAACGCCAUUUCGCCACGGAGACGGUGAAAUCGAUAACCCCGUCGGCGGAUCGCGUGAAGUGGGACUACCGAGGGCAGAGGAAGAUAAUCCCGUUGGGACAGUGGCUCCCGAAGGUGGCGGUGGAUGCUUACGUGGCACCCAACGUGGUCCUCGCCGGCCAAGUCACCGUCUGGGACGGAGCCUCCGUCUGGCCCGGCUGCGUCCUCCGCGGCGAUCUCAACAAGAUCAGCGUUGGAUUCUGCUCCAACGUUCAGGAACGCUCUGUUCUCCACGCCGCAUGGUCUUCUCCCACAGGCCUUCCGGCUGACACCUCAAUAGAAAGGUAUGUGACAAUUGGGGCAUACAGCUUGUUGAGGUCCUGCACUAUUGAGCCAGAGUGCAUUAUUGGGCAGCACUCCAUCCUUAUGGAAGGUUCGUUGGUGGAGACACAGUCAAUCCUUGAAGCAGGGUCAGUAGUUCCGCCAGGAAGGCGAAUUCCAUCAGGUGAACUUUGGGCAGGAAAUCCAGCCAGGUUUGUGAGGACGUUGACUCAUGAAGAAAUCUUAGAAAUCCCCAAACUGGCAAUUGCUAUAAAUGAUCUGAGCAAAGACCAUUUCUCAGAGUUCCUUCCUUAUUCCACAGUAUAUUUGGAGGUUGAGAAGUUUAAGAAGUCCUUGGGUAUUUCAGUUUGAUGCUCCUUUUUUGUUAUACUUCAAUGUAUCUGUUAGCUGGAGUUUUGCUUGUAAGGAAAUAAGAAUCUAAACAAAGAGCAAGCUUUUGUAUUUUCUUUGUAUUCCUUGCUGGAAUUAUUAGCUAAAAACAUCAUGUUCUAUAUAAUUGACUGGAGUAAUAUGUUCAGAGAUGAGAUGUAUCUCCUGAGCUCUGGGCAUUAGUUAUUUUACUCCCAAUUGGACAGAUCCGCUAUUUCUCCCAUUUUAUCCAUUUGUUGCAAACCGGUAUUGGGUGGAUAAAUCAGGUUUUUAUCACUUUCUCUCA